AAAUUCUGUACGGACCUUUUUCGAUGUUACACAUCUUUCAAACUUCCUGACUAAGAUGGCGGCGUUUGUAGAGGAAUCACGUGUGAUCACUGAGGAGGAAUAUAGUGGGUCUGAAGAAGAUCAAGAGAAUUCAGAUGAAGGCAAUGACAGUCCCAACGAGUCCGCAGGAAAGGGUGACGGUGAAGAUGGUGAUGCAGAGAAAGAGAGUGAAAACCCAAACGCUGGCUGGGCCGAGGCCAUGGCAAGAAUUCUCCUCAAGAAAACACCAGAAAGCAAAACAGCUAUACUGCUCAAAAAUAAAGAAAUGGAAAAAGUGAAAGCAAAAGAAAAGCAAGAGCGACUGGAGAGAAGAAAACAGGUGGAUAAGAAACGGCAAUGGGAAAUGAUGUGCAGAGUGAAGCCAGAUGUUGUUACAGAUCGAGAGACUGAGAGGAAUUUUCAGAGGAUAGCCACCAGAGGUGUAGUUCAGCUUUUCAAUGCUGUUCGGAAGCACCAGACGAACAUUAAUGAGAAAGUGAAGGAGGCUGGGGGAUCGGAAAGGAAACGGGCCAAGCUGCUGUCUUCCGUGUCCAAGAAAGACUUUAUUGAUGUGCUUCGAGGAAACGAGGGGGGGAAAACUGAGAAGAGCUCCAAGGCAGAGAACGGCAAAGAGGUUGUAGUAAAAUCAGAAGACAAGCCUUCCUGGAACAUUCUACGUGAUGAUUUCAUGAUGGGAGCUACCAUGAAAGACUGGGAUAAAGAAAGCGAUGGAGGGGAGGCAGGAGAGGCUCAGGGGGAAGAAGACAACAGCGAUUCUGACUGAGUUUUGUGCAUCUGAUAAAUUACAAGAUCAUUUUUCUUGUAUAUAUGAAAACGUUUCUCGUUCUGUGAAUGUGUGGACUUUAACAAAGGCUUGAUUGUGCAGAGAUAAUCCAGUUUGAGCUUUUGAGUUCAAAUGUUCUUUACACUGUGUUGCCAAAUGUUUUUGGUUUUUUUUAAGUAAAAAAAUGGCACACAUUUAUUGUGUUAACAUUGCCAAUGCAAGAUUAUAAUGACAUUUGUGUACAGGUGCAUGUAAACUUACAGUUUAGUAUACUAUGGAACAUUGCCAGUGAAUUGAAUUGUGCUGGGGUUUUUGACGAGAGAAUUACAAUGUUUGACUCUUAGUAAAAGUGAAGAAGUGUUGUUUCUGGGGAAGGGAUUUAACAUGGUGGCACAGGCAUUGCCUGAAAAAUAAGUUUAAAAAAAAAAAAAAAGUUUUAACUAUUUAAUAAGAUGCUUCAAUAUUUUUCUUUAGAAAUAGUGUAUAUACUAUAUACAUUAAGAAAAAUUUGAAAUUACAGCUGUUUUACAAAUUAAUAUUUAUAAUCACUCUUUUCAAAUGUACAUCUAAUGUAAUUCAAGAAGUAAAGAAGUAUCCUAAGAAGAAGGUUGGAAUAAGUGACCUCCCAUCUAAAAACAUGUUGCCUUAGAGAUUGCCGUUUUGUGAGGAGUGACCUGCAGCUUUUCUUAAGUCCACAUUUGUAAGAAAGAAUGCCUGCAGCUCUUUUACAGAGAGGCUCUUGCGUUGACUCACAUUUUGUUAUGUGGAAAUAUUUGCCAAAUACCUUAUCAUUUGAAAAAGACAGAAGUUGUAAAGCAUGUUGAUCUAUCACACUUCUCUCUGUAAUGUAAAUGAACCAUUUCUCAAGUGAUUAGCACAUCCUGUCAUGAAAGAAUGUUAGACCAUCAGUGUUCACUUUCUUAAACACUGUCCACAGUUCUGCUGUUCUAUGAAUAAAUAGUGAUUUAAAGAAUUGCAUUGCAUUUAGUUAGUUAACAUUUUUUAGGUGCUUAAUAUGGUCUUAAGCCAUUCAGUAUAUUUUAAACAAUGUUAUGUACUUAGACUUUUUUUUCACGUAUUACCAAUAACCAUUGUAUGGAACAUACAUGGAAUUUUAUUGUGAUGUAGCACUAAUAUUUAUAAUUCAUAUAUAAACUAGUUUUGUUACUCCAAUUACUUGUGAACUAAUAAAAUAACUGUUGGGACUUCA